AUGGGGCGGCUAUGCUCCUCCUCAGUUUCAGCCUUCUCUUGCGGCGGCUGCUAUUACCAAUUCUUCUACAACUACCACCCUCCUGCCUCUGUCGAUAUUACGUGGCCGCCGAGUGGGUGUAGGGUUAACAACAGUAUCAAAAAACGAAACAAUGUCCCAAUCAGAGCACCCAGUCCACUGCCUCUGCCAUACUAUUCUUCUACUUGCCUUGCUAUUUCUCCAUGCAAUGGAAAACCACCCAACAACAACUGUAACUACAACUCCCUCCAUAAAUUUAUUGCCAAUUGUACCCCUUCUACUGAUACUGGUACUGAGUCUGCUGACACCGGGCUCCAAGAUUCGUCGUCGUUUCCCGCCGUUGAUUGUGUGGGGACAGGCCAGGACGUAAAGUGCGCUGUCUCUUCCUCAUCCUCCGAAGAAACUCAACAACAGAGGACCGUUGGAGUGGAAUUGAUACAACAACAGCUGCAAGAAUGGACAGUAUUGGUCUCUCCCUUCUUCUUUUGGGGCACCUCUAUGGUGGCAAUGAAGGAGGUUUUGCCAAAGGCUGGCCCUUUCUUCGUCUCCUCCUUCCGUCUAAUUCCUGCUGGUUUUCUCCUCAUUGCAUUCGCCGCCUCUCGAGGCCGCCCCUUUCCAUCUGGCCUCACUGCUUGGCUAUCUAUUGCGCUUUUUGGCCUAGUCGAUGCCGCUUGUUUUCAAGGUUUUCUUGCUGAAGGUUUGCAGAGGACAUCUGCUGGUCUGGGCAGUGUUAUAAUUGAUUCACAACCUUUGACGGUGGCUGUACUUGCGGCCUUGUUCUUGGGUGAGUCCAUUGCGUUCCUUGGAGCUGCAGGGCUUGUUCUUGGUAUCAUUGGACUUUUACUUCUUGAGGCACCUUCGCUUUCUGUUGAUGGAAGCAACUUUUCAUUGUGGCAAAGUGGGGAGUGGUGGAUGCUUCUCGCAGCUCAGAGCAUGGCAGUUGGCACAAUCAUGGUGCGCUGGGUUUCCAAGUACUCUGAUCCCAUUAUGGCAACUGGAUGGCACAUGGUUAUUGGUGGUCUACCCCUUGUUAUGAUCUCCAUUCUUAAUCAUGAAAAUGCUGUUAGUGGGAGUCUAAUGAAUUUCACAGAAAAUGAUGCGUUGGCACUCCUUUAUACAUCCAUUUUUGGAAGUGCCAUCAGCUAUGGUGUAUACUUCUACAGUGCAACAAAAGGUAGCCUGACAAAGCUCAGCUCCCUUACCUUUCUGACCCCAAUGUUUGCUUCUAUAUUUGGGAAGCUAACUGCAGGUAUCUGUAUCUUGGUGAGACCUUCUCACCCUUGCAAUUGGUUGGGGCCAUCAUUACUAUUGUUGCAAUAUACAUGGUCAACUAUAAAACCACUGUCGAAUGAAGCAUAUAGUCAACAGGGAUGCAUUGAACAUGUGAACGAGGAGGGUAGUUAG